UUAUUUUAAAUUUUGACAUCAUCAUCAUUUUCAUUCUUCCUCUGUAAAACUAGUUAAAAUAAUUGUUCCCAAAAUUUCUCUCUGUUUCAUUUUCUCUCUCCUCUGUAGAAAGAGAAAGUAAACCUUCCGAUCAAACCCCCAAUUUGAUUUGAUUCCAUUCCUUUCUUCCCAAUCUAGGGUUUCUUCUUCAAUCAAUUCAAUCAUGGAUUCUAGCAGAAGAAAUGCUUUACCUCCCUCCCUUGUUGCCAAUCUUCAGCAAGUUUUGUCUUCCAGAAAAAAUGUUGAACAAAUUCAAUCACAAACAACUUCCGAAUCAGGCAACGAGUUGACUCAGUCUUCUUCUACUCAAGAACAGCACCAGAAAUUGGAGAAAGAGAAAGAGGUUGAAGAAGAAGCUCCUUCUUCUUGUUCUCCUACUACUGCGAAUGAUGAUGACGUUGUUGUUGUUGUUGCUUCUGAAGAACCGAGCUCGAAACCGGUGAUUUUGGUUACAAAUGGUGACGGAAUUGAGUCGCCUGGUCUUGUUGCUCUUGUUGAUGCGCUUGUUCGUAAUGGUCGCUUUGAUGUUCACGUUUGUGCUCCUCAAUUUGAUAAAUCUGCAUCUGGACAUUCGUUGACAGUUCGUGAGACGGUUGAGGUAAAUUCUGCUGAAAUCAGUGGCGCUACCGCUUUCGAAGUUUCUGGUACACCUGCAGAUUGUGUGUCAUUAGCUUUAUCUCAGGCAUUGUUUUCUUGGUCAAAGCCUUUAUUGGUACUAAGUGGAAUUAAUAGAGGAUCAAGCUGUGGUCAAAACAUGCUGUAUUCGGGGGCUAUUGCUGGAUCAAGAGAGGCAUUGAUAUAUGGAGUACCAUCAAUUUGUAUGUCAUUGGACUGGAAAAAAGAUGUUAGCUCUGAAAAUGAUUUCAAGGAUGCUGUUGAAAUUUGCCUGCCAUUGAUAAAUGCAACAAUAAAAGAUAUCGAGAAUGGAAGUUUCCCGAAAGGCUGCUUUCUUAAUGUAGAGAUUCCAAAUUCUCCUUCCUCAAACAAGGGUUUCAGAUUGACUAGGCAGAGCCUGUGGAGGUCUAGUCUAUCUUGGCGAGCCAUUUCUUCAUACAAACAUCCGUCUGCAAUGAAUUUUAUGGCCAAUCAGCAAAGCCUUGGUAUUCAGCUUGCUCAGCUGGGACGAGAUGCCUCAGCAGCUGGUGCAGCACGCCGGCUGAAUACAAAUAGAAAGACAGUAGAGGUUGAAUCUGUUGGGGUUGCAGGUAAACCAAAGACCAGACAAACAAUUAGAAAACAUUACCGUCUUGAGUUCUUGGAUGAGGAGAAGGAAGAUGCAGAUGAUGAAUUAGAUUUUAAAGCAGUACAAAAUGGAUUUGUUGCUAUUACACCGCUAGCCUUGUCUUCAGAUCUUCAGUCAGAGAUUCAUUUAUCUGUCUCAAAUUGGCUAUCUUCAGUCCUUGCAGCAUGGGAACAAUAGCGUCUCCUUAACCCAGUACCAAGUAAAAAAUAUUCUUACUUGCAGACGGACAGUCGACAACUCGACAUACAUUUGGGCUGGUUUCUUUUGCCUCCUUUGAUUGAAGAAAGCACAUAUAUUAUUUGUUCAUGUGCUGACUUAGGUAGUUCAGUGUGAGUGAUCUCCGUUGGAAUUUGAACUUUUUUGUCAACUGCUUUACUUGUGAAAAUGAUUAUCCGUCAUGUUCUAGUCUCAGCCAUUCGAAUUAUUUGUUGUACAGAGGUCGUUGGACCUUUUUCCAUAUUGUUAAAGAGAUAUAAAUGCACGUCAAUUCUUAACUUGUUUAUGCUCUAUUUGGUUGUAAUGAUGCACCAUAACUCUUUUUAUGUGUGGAGCUUGUAACAGAGAUACCUCCCUGUAAAUUUCGCAAAGACGAAAGAAAGGCAUUGCUAUUUUUUGGGA